AAACCACUCUGACCAUUGAGUGCGCGCCCACACACACUCUCUCUCUCUCUCUCUCACGCACACACACACUUUAAGGUAUAGAUCCAAAGCGUCGUAGAAUCAGUAUCAGUUGGAAUCUCCACAUACGCACAGAACUUCCCCUCUCCUCUAUGUUUCUCUCUCCCUCUAGUUUCUCUCUCUAUAUUAUUAUCAUGGGUUUCCCGGCCAACGGCCCAUCCGCGUCAGCCAAGCCCCUCAAGUUCCUCAUCUACGGCCGGACCGGCUGGAUAGGUGGCCUCCUCGGUGAGCUCUGCAAGUCCCAAGGCAUCGACUUUGCCUACGGCUCCGGCCGCCUCGAGAACCGCUCCUCCCUCGAAGCCGACCUCGCCUCCGUCAAGCCGACCCACGUCUUCAAUGCCGCCGGCGUUACCGGACGGCCCAACGUGGACUGGUGUGAAUCGCAUAAGGUCGAGACCAUCCGGACCAAUGUGGUCGGAACCCUAACCCUAGCCGACCUCUGCAGAGACAGAGAGCUCGUCUUGAUCAAUUACGCCACCGGCUGUAUCUUCGAGUACGAUCCGGAUCACCCAAUCGGGUCAGGUGUCGGGUUCAAGGAGGAGGACACGCCCAAUUUUGUCGGAUCGUUCUAUUCCAAGACCAAGGCCAUGGUGGAAGAUUUGCUCAAAAAUUACGAGAAUGUCUGCACACUGCGUGUCAGGAUGCCUAUCUCAUCCGAUUUAACUAACCCCCGCAACUUCGUCACAAAGAUCACUCGAUAUGAAAAGGUGGUGAACAUACCAAACUCAAUGACUAUCUUGGAUGAACUCAUCCCCAUUUCUAUUGAGAUGGCAAAGAGAAACCUCACUGGGAUCUGGAAUUUCACGAACCCUGGAGUGGUCAGCCACAAUGAGAUUUUGGAGAUGUAUCAGAAUUACAUUGAUCCCAACUUUACAUGGAAGAACUUUACACUUGAGGAGCAAUCAAAGGUGAUCAUUGCUCCAAGGAGCAACAAUGAGCUUGAUGCCACCAAACUGAAGCGGGAAUUUCCUGAACUCUCAUCCAUUAAGGAAUCUCUCGUACAGUAUGUGUUCAUGCCAAAUCAAAAGACCCCUGUAGCUUGAAACUUAUAGGUUUGAAAUUUUUGGUUCUUCAUCUGCUAUUUCUUAAUUUUGUUUUUGUCUUCCCACAUGACAUGCAGAUUCUGUAUUGUGUAUCUGAAUGUUGUAUUCGUAUCAAAUUGGUUAUGAAUAAAUAUUUGAAUUUGAUUUCUGAA